AUGGUGCUCGCAACAGCGUCAAUCGAUGAUCCCGAAACAUGGCAUCUGUUUGCCAACCUCGACCCCGAGUUCUCGAAGAUGGUGGAGGAUGGCGUGAAGUCGAGGUUCCACUAUGAGGGUCCGCCCUUGAGUUUGCCCGAGACGCGCGCGAGAUGGAAUAAGAUGUUCAGAAAGGACGCAGACCUUCUUCUAGAAGCGACGAACGGGGAGGUGUCAGAGGAAGAAAUUUCCAUCCCUGUCCGGGAUGGUAGCACAGUACGUGCGCUUGUAUAUCGCCGCACAUGCACUCCCGCGCAAAAAGGGCCGCUGGUCAUUAUCCUCCAUGGCGGAGGAUUUCGUAUAGGCAACGCGGAAAUGGAAGCGUCCGCAUGUACCGGUGCCACACAGACCUACGGCGCGAUCUCUGUUAGCCUGGAGUACCGGCUAUCUCCCGAGAACAAAUUUCCAGUCGCUUAUGAGGACGCCUGGGACGCGCUGUUAUGGCUAUCCAGAAACGCCUCUGCCCUGGGUGCCGAUCUUUCGCAAGGCUUUGUGUUCGGAGGCUCAUCGGCCGGAGCUCAUAUCGUAAACCCGCUCGUCCAUCGCGCACGCGACGAGAAGCUCGAGCCUCCGCUGACCGGCGUCUACCUAAGUGUCCUGCCAUCUUUGGCGCCACAAAACCUGACCGACGAGUACAAGGAUUUGUAUCGAAGCAGAGAGGCGCUUAAGGAUGGAUUUACACUGACCUCCAAGUCCAUCGCGUUACCCCGACAUGACUUCUCCUCUGUGGAGUCCGCUUCUUUGGCCGACUGGACAUGCCAAUUUGCCGCCUACUUUUUCCAAAUCUGCGGUGCCGAUCUCUUGAGAGACGAAGGCUUGAUUUAUGAGCGGGAAUUGAGGCUGAACUAUGGCGGCAGGACCAGGGUAGUUGUUUACAAUGGCCUGCCACAUGUCUUUUGGUACACCCAUCCAUCUCACUCCGCCACCGAGGAAUUUACUAAAGACACAGUCCUUGGCUUGGGCUGGCUCCUUGGGAAAGAAGUCUAG